AUGUUGAAAUUGGAAUUCGACAUCCCUUCCGCCAUCCCGGAGCCGGUCUCGGCAAGCUACCUGUUUGCGAAAGACGAGACGCCUGAGUUUCUGAUUCCACGCAGAGUACACAACUGUACCAGUGUCACGUCCCCAGAACAUUUGACAACGGCCAGUCUUCAGAGUUAUGCUACCCUCAUCAAUACUUCGGAAGAGUCCAGCAACAUUAUCCUCGAUUACGGCGUUGCCGUAGCUGGCAUCCCAGUCCUGAAGGUCCGUGGUCUAGACACACCGUCCGGCAAGGCAGUAAUCGACUUCACAGUCUCAGAGGGUUUUCCGGGCAUCACCAAGCCUGAGGGUGACGGCCCAUAUCCCUUUUCGGCUGGUGCAGAUACCUCUCGCCGCGUCCGCUUCCGAGUAAACGGCUCGGGCUUCUACGAGGCCAAGUGCGUGCAGGGCAGCCAGCGCUGGCUGAAGCUCUCGCUUGUAACGAAGGGGCCCUGCUCGGUUCGUGUCUCUCUGGCUGGCUUUGUGCCCACAACUUCGAACGUCCCCGUCGACAGGCUUCCCGGAUAUUUCCAGUGUUCCGAUGAGACCUUGUCUGAACUUUGGGGGUACGGGGCCAGGACUUUGCAGUUGAACUGCGUGCCGGCGCGGUCUAUUCCCUCACCAUGGGAAAUUUCUCAGGACAUGGGAGUUCUGAUCGACUCUCAAAGAUGUAACGCCUAUGGAUGGGGCCAUCUAUGGACAGACUACGAUCUGGAGUUUGACGGUAUGGUUCUUGAGGGAGGGCUGGCUUGGAUGGUCCGCGUAUCUCCUGGUAUGCCGGGCAUGCUAUUCCAAUUGAAUAUCGAAAACGGCAAGGCGGUCAUUGAGCAAUGGUACGGCUACUACAACAAACCUCAGACGACUUUGGUCCCGAAGUUCAUUGCAUCCGCCGACAUAUCCAACCUCGAAAUACUCAAAGGGAAAUGGCUUCGUGUCGGUACAAGUUGCAUAGGUGAUGCACCCGUGUCGAUCUGCAUCGACGGCACGCAAGUCGCGACGUUCAAGCAGGGAGGUCUCAAGAACGAGGGCUUCGCAAGUCUCGCCGUUUCGCCCGACGAAGCCGACUUCCCAUACUUUGCCAAGGGCUCAGUGGCAAUUGGAGCUGGGCAAGAUCAAGUCUGCCGGUUCAGGAACCUCAUCGUUCGCAGCCCUGAUCAAAAAGUACUGUACGAGUCCGGCCUCAACACCCAAGCUGUACUUGGAGACUUCGGUUUAAAGACAAACCAGUUUCCGUUCGUCUUCGACGGCGCCAAGCGUGAUCGAUACCCCUGGACAGCCGACAUUAUCGUUGGCGGGCGAUCAGCAUACUACUCAACGGCGGGAUCCGAGUACAUACGUGGGAAUAUCGUUGCGUCCAUGCUGAGAUUCAAGGGUGACGAUAAGGGACGUGGUCUGUUGCCAGGAGGUGUGCCUCCUGGUCGAGACUUCACUAGAGACCUGACCGACGGGUUCUUUAACAUCGAGACCAUUAACUACUCGCUCUACCUGAUCCUAGUCAUUUACGACUACUGGGUCUACACAGGAGACGAUGCACUGAUCAAGUUCUGUUGGGACAAGCUCAAGGGUUGCCUCGCCUAUAUCGCAGCACGUGUAGACGAAACCGGUCUUGUGUGUGCCGAGGGUUUCGACGCAGGAGACUACGACUACUACAACGGUCUCCAGACGGGCAUUUCUACCAAGCGCAACGCCCUCUUCGUUGCCUCCCUCAAGGCAUGCGCGCAUAUCGCGUCGUCACCAGCCAUUUCUGAGCAAGCGGCGGCGGACGCCUACUUGAUAUCAGCGAAGAGCGUGACAGAGGCGAUUCGGAAGCAUUGUUUCAAUGCAGAGUCAGGGCGCUACAACAUCACAGAUUCUCGCACCGAGGGCUUUCAGCAAGAAAUGCAUGCCUGGCUCAUUCUGCAGAAUAUCUGCACACCGGAACAAACACCCGUCAUCCUCGAUAAGUUCCGCUCUCUCGUGGUUUCAUCGAAAAUCAACGAAGCCCCCUUGUCCUUCAGCCCCGACACCCCCGGCCCGCCACCGGUCAUCUCGCCCAUAAUGUCAGCGUUCCACAUCCAAGCCGCGUUUCAAGCAGGUCGACCCGUCGAAGGCGAGCGUGUGCUCCGCAGCGUCUUCGGCCCCAUGGCGGACAAGUCGAGCGAGCACUUCACCGGUACGACAUGGGAGUUCAUCAACCCCGACGGCACGCCGUUCAAGGGCGACUUCUGCUCUUACGCACAGCUGUUCGGCGCAGGGCCGACGUCGAUCCUGUCGCAGUAUGCUCUGGGCGUAGAGCCGAUCACCCCUGGAUUCAAAGAGUUCAGGAUCUGGCCCAGGUCUGAUAUCAACGGGCUGAAGUGGGCUCAGGGCAGGGUUCCGACGUCCGUGGGCGAGGGUAUCGUGGUGAAGUGGCAGGCGUUUGAAGGUGGUUGGUUGUUGGAGGCUUGGGCUCCGUUGGGUUAG